AUGCGGGGCCGGGGGCUGCUCUGCGGCAUCGCCCUCUCGCUGCUGCUGCAGCCGCCGCGCAGUGAGUGCGGGGACUUCGGGAUGGGGACCGGCGGGGAGGGGGGCACGAGCGCAGAGGCUGGUGGCACAGAACCGCAGCCCGCCGUGCUGGUGCUGAGCUGGGACGCGCUGCGGAGCCCCGGCGGAAAGCAGCAUCCACUCCAAGCUGAAGUUCGGAUACAGGCAGAAGGCCAGGAGCUCAUCUUGGACUUAGAGAAAAACGGAGACCUGUUUGCACCAGGCUACACUGAGACUCACUACAGCCAGACAGGACAAGCACGGACCAUUCCUCUGGCCCACACUGAGCACUGCUUUUACCAGGGAGUGGUGCGGGGCAGAAAGCACUCCAGCGUGACGCUCAGUUCAUGCCAAGGGCUGCGAGGCCUCAUUGUACUGAGAAGCAAUUGCAGCUAUGUCCUGGAGCCGCUUCCUGACAACCCAGACCUGCACCAGAUCUACAGGCUGGAUGAUCUGAGGAUGCCAGCAGGAGCCUGUGGCCACCAGGACUCCAUGGCCACAGCCAGGAAUUGGCUUGGGGACUUUGCAGCUGGGGUGAAAUUCCCCAACCACAGGGUGAGGCGGGAAGCUCUGCAGACUAUGAAGUAUGUGGAGCUGCUGCUUGUGGCUGACUAUGCAGAGGUUCAGAAACAUCAUUUCAACAUUGAAGCAACAAGGCUUAAAUUAGUGGAGGCUGCUAAUUACGUGGAUAAGUUUUACAGGUCCCUGAAUAUCCGGAUUGCCUUGGUGGGGCUGGAGAUCUGGAGUAAUGGGAACAAAUGUGAUUGCACUGAGAAUCCUUACUCCACCCUGAAGUCCUUCCUGGCCUGGAGCAGCAAGGAGCGGGUGUACAGAAAGCAUGAUAAUGCCCAACUAAUCACGGGUGUGCCCUUCCAAGGUACCACAGUAGGUUUGGCUCCUGUGAUGUCCAUGUGCUCAGAUUUCCAGUCAGGAGGAGUAAACAUGGACCACUCUGAUAAUGCCAUUGGUGUUGCUGCUACUAUCGCCCAUGAGAUGGGCCACAAUUUUGGCAUGAAUCAUGACUCAUCUGGCUGUUGUACCACCCGUGCAGAGGAAGGAGGCUGCAUCAUGGCUUCUGCCACUGGGCACCCAUUCCCCAGAGUGUUCAACCAGUGCAACAGGAGAGAGCUGGAGAAGUAUCUGCACUCAGGUGGAGGGAUGUGCCUUUCCAAUAUGCCAGAUACCAAGAGAAUGUAUGGAGGGAGGAAAUGUGGAAAUGGCUACUUGGAAGAAGGGGAAGAGUGUGACUGUGGAGAGGUGGAGGAAUGCAAUAAUCCCUGUUGCAACGCCAACAACUGCUCCCUGAAGCUGGGUGCUCAAUGUGCCCACGGCAGCUGCUGUCAUGAGUGCAAGCUGAUGUCUCCAGGAACUCUCUGCAGGGAAAAGUCAGGACUAUGUGACCUCCCAGAGUACUGCACUGGGCAGUCACCGUUCUGCCCCUCCAACUCCUACCAAAUUGAUGGGACUUCCUGUGAAGGAGGAAAGGCAUAUUGCUAUAAUGGCAUGUGUCUCACAUACAAAGACCAGUGCUUGCAGCUGUGGGGGCCAGGAGCAUGGCCAGCACCAGACACCUGCUUUGAGAAAGUCAAUGCUGCUGGAGAUGUCUACGGGAACUGUGGGAAGGACGUCUACGGCAACUACAGGAAGUGUGAGAAAAGAGAUGCUAAAUGUGGGAAGAUCCAGUGCCAGAGCUCUGCUUCCAAACCUGUGCUGCCCAAUGCCGUGCCCAUAGACACAACUAUCUCCCUGCAGAGGACGAAGGUGAGAUGCCGAGGGACUCACGUGUACAGAUCUGAGAAUGAAGAAAAGGAGAUGCUGGACCCUGCCUUGGUGCUGACAGGAACAAAAUGUGGCAGCCAUCAUGUUUGCUUUGAGGGACGCUGUCAAAACACAUCCAUCAUCUUUGAGUCUGAAAGCUGUAGUGAGAAGUGCAAUGGCAAUGGGGUCUGCAACAACAACAAGAACUGUCACUGCAACCCGGGAUGGGCUCCCCCAUUUUGCAACAAGCGUGGGGACGGAGGAAGCUUGGACAGUGGCCCUCCAUCACCAGAAGGCUCUUCAGCAGUAGUGAUAGCUCUGGCCAUCCUAGCUUCCAUUCUUCUUCUCAUUGGAAUCAUGCUUUUGUUCUAUUAUCUGAAGUGCUGGAAUAAAUUUGUCAUCUGUUCUCUAAAGAAGGCUCCACAGAUCAGUGAUGCCUCUGGAAAUGGCCAUGCAAACCCUGCCUUCAAAUUGAGAACCCCCCAACAGCAGAGGAAGGUGAUUGGCUUCCCUGAAAUCCCCUCAAAACCUCCUCCCCAACCAGCUCCUUGCCUCCAAAUUAACAUGCAGCAGCAGUCUGCCUUCACCAGCUACAGCUAUGGUACGGGAAGUCCCGCAGGACCGGUGCAUCCAGCACUGGCAAAGGAUGUGCCCCGGCGGACACCCCCAAGCAGGCCAGCACCUCCAGCUCCCAGAUCCCCCCCCUCUCAGGACAUUUCAAGGCCCCGGCCGCCCCAAAGAGCCUUGCCAGCCAACCCAGUCCCAAGCAGGUGCAGAGCACGGCCUGGGGACAGCCCUGCCAUCCCACUGCCUCCUGCUCGGCCCAGGAUCCCAGGACAACUCCAGCCUGUGGCAGAGAACAUUGGUGCUAGGACAGCUGGAGCAGCAAUGCUGAGAAGAGGACAGCCAGGCUCCAGUGCACACCCAUGAAUGUGAUGGCUCUGAUCUUCAAGAAGGACUGGAUGGCCUUCAUCAUCCAGAAAUUUUUUCAUUGGCCAUUAGGUUUUUUUCCACUUAGCCUUAUCUGUUUCCUAUGUGACUCAAGAGGCUGCAAGCAGACUUGGCAGGAGUGCACCCAAGAAGUGACCCGGUACAUGCCAAGCUGAAACCUUCUCUCUGUGCUAAUAGCCUUUUCUUUAUAAGGACAAUUUGUUUAUGUUAUAUUUAUAUGUUAUUGUGCAAUAUUCAAUGCAGGGAUGGGGCAAUGUGGGCUUCACGUAUUUUUUUAGCAGUUAUUUAAGUAUUUCCAGGGGGUGCAGGUGUUGGCCUUGAUGGCCUUUCAUCGAUUAACUAGCCCUAUUGGCUUCCUCAGCCAUCCAGGCAGCUGCAGGAGCAAUCAGUGGUGCUAUAGAGAAACAGCUAUCUCUUGGGAGACCAAGAGGCAGCUGCUGAUAAUUUUCUUCAGUUCAUUCACAGUUUACAGCAGCCAGCAAGGUGGGCCACAACAGAAAGCAAACCAUGGAAAUAUUUCUGGUUAAAGUCACUCUGGAUUUUGGUUAACUUUCAUAGAAAAUAUGAAUUAUUUUCUCCAUAAAACUUUCUUCAUCAAGCAUUGUGCAACCUUUCAGUCCUCCAGCACUCCUUGCCUUGGUGCUGUAGGACCAACAUGAUCCGUGUUUCUCUGUGUCACUGGGACACAGCCGAGGUACGACAGGGACUCUCUCCCCCAGGACAUGGAGCUGUAGUGGCCAGCAACAGCCAGUACUGAAACUUCCUCCCCACCACAUGGUACCACAGAAAAUCGAUUGCACUUUUGUGUGCAUCCCUUCAGUCUGUGCUGAGCAGUAAUUCAGCACAAGCUGACUACUCUUCAUACCAGUAAGAAACCUGCUCUCAUGUUGACCAGGUGGUAGUACAGCAGAAAUAGUAAUGACACAUGGUGCUUUUGUAGGACAGCUUUGCUUACUCCAGGUUUUUUUCUUAAGGACUUGGAUGGAGAGAGCUGUGUGCACUUUAAGCAGCUGAUGGAUAGUUCUGACCCUCAAAACCCCCCCUUGUGAGCUUGAUUUUUUUUUUUAUUUUUUUCUCCUGGUGGUUUGAGCUUUUUUUUACACUUUUUUUUUUUUUUUUCU